AUACGAGGCUUCUUGUUCCUUGCUAGGCAUUCCUAAGUAUUCCAAGAUUUGGGCAUCUCUCUCUCUCUCUCUCUCCCUCUCUCAUAUGGCAAGAAUGUCUGAACCCCUCAUUGUUGGAGGAGUGAUAGGAGAUGUCCUUGAUAUAUUCACUCCAACCAUAAAAAUGUCUGUCACUUACAACAACAACAAGCAAGUCUGCAAUGGCCAUGAGCUCUAUCCUUCUCAAGUAAACACCAAACCUAGGUUUGAAAUUCAUGGAGGUGACAUGAGAACUUUCUUUACACUGGUCAUGACAGACCCUGAUGUUCCUGGCCCUAGUGAUCCUUAUUUAAGGGAGCACCUUCACUGGAUAGUAACGGACAUUCCAGGAACAACAGAUGCUUCCUUUGGAAGAGAAGUAGUGAGCUAUGAGAUACCAAGGCCUAACAUAGGGAUUCACAGGUUUGUUUUCGUUCUCUUCAAACAGAAACGAAGACAGACUGUGAACCCUCCUUCCAUGAGAGACCAUUUCUGCACUCGAAGCUUCGCUGCCGAGAACGAUCUCGGCCCACCUGUCGCCGCCGUCUUCUUCAACGCCCAGAGAGAAACUGCUGCCAGAAGACGCUAACCCUAAAAAAAAAAAGUCCAUUUUUAGAGAGCUUUUGCAAUAAUAAUAUUUUAAAAAAUACUGUGUGUUAGUGUUAUGUUUUGAAGGGUUUUGUUGUCAAACCUGUUAAACCUACAAUAAUAGCUUCAAGAAAGAGAGCCUCUCUCGCGCUCUCUCUCUCUCUCUAGACAA